UUCUUUCAACAGCAGCAACAGCUAGUCAGCCACGUCUAUAGCUUGCUAGACAAAAUAGCCGAACCAAUAAAGCUCUUUAGACACUUUCGUGUUUAUUAGCCACUGUAUUGUAAAACCCACUUCUGUCGUCUAGUUAGUUAUCCGAUUUAACAUCAUAUUUACCCUGUUGUUAUUAGACAGCUAGCGGGCUGGUUAAGUUAGCAUUAGCCUAGCUAGCUAACAUCCCCGACCAUGAGGUCACUAAGCUACUCUCCUCCUGCUAAAGAAGAUGAGAUCUGCUGGACAGAGAAAGAUGGUCUGUGCCUGAACGUUGUUGUGAAAGAGGAAGAGGAGGCUGUCACAAUACAAAAACAAGUAGAGGGUGAGGCUGUUAUAGUGAAAGAAGUAGAGAAAGACGUUACAGUUAAAGAAGAGGAAGGCGUGUUCAGUGUGAAACAAGAGGAGGAGGAUGCAUGUUUUGGAGUGAAAGAGGAGGAGGAGAUGACUGGAUAUCUGGGCUCGGUUUCCCAAACGCAUCUUAAGACAUCCAAUGGUUCUAACUGUGAGCGGGCCCUGAGUAACACUAGUGAGAGACGGGACAAUCGUGGGUCCUCUGUGGAGCCUCAACAACAUCAUGAUGGCGAAGAGGCAGAGAAGAGUCUCUCCACAUCAGAACAUAAGAAACACCAGCAGAGACCCACAGGGAAGAAAUCUAACUGCUGCUCUGACUGUAGGAAAAUAUUAAACCCUUCAGUAGAACUUCAAAUACACCAGAGAACCCACAAAGGAGAGAAAUCUUGUAGCUGUGAUCAAUGUGGGAAGAGUUUUACCACAUCUGGCUCUCUGCCUUUACACCAGAGAACCCACAAAGGAGAGAAAUCUUAUAGCUGUGAUCAAUGUGGGAAGAGUUUUGGUCAAUCCAUCAAUCUGAAAAUGCACCAGAGAAGACACACAGGAGAGAAACCUUAUAUCUGUGAUCAAUGUGGGAAGAGUUUUGGUCAAUCUAGCCAGUUGAUAUUACACCAGAGAACACACACAGGAGAGAAACCUUAUAGCUGUGGUCAAUGUGGGAAGAGUUUUGGUCAAUCUAGCCAGUUGAUAUUACACCGGAGAACACACACAGGAGAGAAAUCUUAUGGCUGUGGUCAGUGUGGGAAGAGUUUUUGUCAAUCUGGGCAGCUGACUGUACACCAGAGAAUACACAUAGGAGAGAAAUCUUAGUUGUGAUCAAUGUGGGAAAGGUUUUCCUACAUCUGGCUGUCUGACUUUACACCGGAGAACACACACAGGAGAGAAACCUUAUAGCUGUGGUCAAUGUGGGAAGAGAUACUCUAGUAAAAGAUCUCUGAUCAAACAUCAGAAAAUACAUACAUGAAGGAGUUGUUUCAUGAUAUCAAUGAAAUAAUGUCACAAUGUAGAUUAUUUUAACAUUAUAGUAGGAGUAUUUUAAUGCAUGUCAAUGUAGAACCCUACAUGUUUGCCCCUUGUUCAAUUGAUGUUAGCCUCAUGGAAACAAUCCAGGCUCUGAAUUGAAAGAGUUACUAUUUAUGUGAUUGAACAAAACGUGACUAACAAAAAAGAGCUGUGUUACACUUACCACAUUUGUGACCCACUGGAAUCACAAUGAAACACUCCAAAAUGUUUAGGUUUUCAAUAUAUCCCAAACUGUUUCUGCAUAUUGGUUAUUGAUUUGGACACGUUAAAACUGUGUUUUGACAUUGCACUAUUCCCAUUUAGCAAAAUGUCAUUGAAAAGACGUUGAAAAUCAGGCUAUAACCGACGUCCAAUAUAUGUUCGGUUGUCGUUGAAAGUGAAAGUUGAAAAGAUGUCUUUUUGGGUCGUUUUUUCAAUGACUUGAAAACAUCUUAAUUUCAACAUACUUGCAGUUUAUACACCUAUAAUCAAUUAUUUUAUUAAUAAUCUAACAUAACUCCAGUAUUUUAUUGACAACAUUCAAGUGCUAAUUGUCUUUAUUCCACUACUGAAGAAGCAUGACUCAAAUCACCUCAUAUUUCAAACAUGCCUUACCAUUAAGUGAAUUAUUGCCACUACAUAUUAACAAAGGGGCGUACAUUUGGUUUUGAUACUUCAUAUUUACAAUGAUGUAACAUUUAGUAAUCAUAGUUAUUAUUAAUGCAAUCAACUUGACAUUUUUACCCUGCUUUUUACUGUUAAGCCCCUGAAAACAUGGGAGAAAUAAUCACGAGAGUGAUACGGUGUUGUAUUCUCAAUUCAACUUUAAGUUCAAUCUUUACAAAAGUAACACAUUACAAAAACAACAGAAAACCCAUUAUACAAAUAACACAGCAAAAUAUCUUAUUAACCACGCACAUGUUCAUUCACAAUCGACAUAAAAUGGCAGCUACUCUCAGUACGAUGCUAUUCUUCACUUCAACCGAGCAGGGCUAAUGUUACUCUCUUCAAACUUAACUCGAACUUCCUCAAGUCGUUACUAAAACACACCUUAAACACUCUUGACAUGUUAGUGAGUUAUAACAUUUAAAUUCCUAUUUUUAUCAUCAAUAAAGUACCUGAAAACAGGGGAGAAAUAAUCACGAGAGUGAUACGGUGUUGUAUUCUCAAUUCAACUUUAAGUUCAAUGAGAAAAGACCGCGAUUUUCCCCAGGAAUAUAGGUGGAGACCAGAGCAAUCGAUCUCCGGCUCAUAUAUUAAGAGCAUUUUGUAGAUCACAGAUUAACACUUUUAGGCACCACAAAAUAAAGUAAUCAAUAUAACGUUUACACAUUACUCUCACAAUUCGUACCCUUUGACAGAUUUGAACUUUAACACAAUUAUAUGAAUGUUAUCAAUCUCUAUCAACUAAUACUGAAUGCAUAUUUUUAACCUGAGAUGUUUUAAGAUCCUCACAUACUAUGAACUUACUAAUACUUUUUAAUGUAUAACAGGCUAUGAAUAUUUCCUUUAACCUGUCACAUUACCAUGGAUCACAAUUUAUUUUGACCGCAUGCUUUUCCGUAUUGGAUAUGAGUUUUGUUUGGGCUCUUUCCAAGGGGACAAGAGUUCUAGAAGCUAGUGAGUUUUAGGAUUCUAUAGAAAGACAAAGGAGAAGAAAAUAAUAUGCUUGUAUAUUAUUAUUUAGAAAUGUGUUUUUAAUUGUUGACGGCUAGACCAUGUUUAUAUUGUAGAAGGUGAAGCCCUGUAGUUGAUUUAAUUGUUGACAAGUAUUGUAAAAAUGUAACCAAUUACAGAAUUAAAUGUAUGUGAAGACA